CCCGUAAACAAAAGAUCAAACUGCAGAGAAGGUUGAAAACUCCAAAUCGCCAUUAAGGUUGAGCUCCAUUAUCUCUUGUAUUUUAUUCAGCUAUAUUCUUCCCAUGGUGUAUUGGUAGUAGAAAUUUUGGAUUGAAUAUCGGUUUUGAAAUGGAUUCUUCUAUAAUAAAGCUUCUUGAAGAGGAUGAGGAUGAAACCAUGCAUUCUGGAGCAGAUGUCGAGGCACUUACUGCUGUUUUAAACAGGGAUAUAAAAGGUGGUGUCGCCACUUCUCAGCCUGCUCAUUCAGCAUCCUCUCAAGACAACAAUCAAACAUCUAGUCAGACGUAUUCACAGUGGCAGCCUUCUAGCGAAGAGCAAAACAAUGGCAACCAGCCGCAUCAGCAAUGUUUAAGUAGUCAAGAGCAGCAGCAAUCCUCUGAAGGGGAGAUGAAGGAACACGAAUCCAGCAAGGAGAAUCCACAAAAAGUAAAUGUCUCUCAGGCACCUCGUGGUUCUCUUCCGCAAUUACAAAGGUCUGUGCAAAUCGAUGGUCAAGGACAACCAGCAGAACCUUACUCUGGGGAAUUUCCCCAACCUUCAAUGCUGAUGCAACCACAGAUUUCUGGAUUAAAUCAUGUGCAGGUUCAUGAACGAAACAGAGUACAUAACCCAAGCAAUGAAUCUCAGCUCUCAAACAUGCAGAGAUCUGGUAAUCGACCUGUUUCAGUGCCAGAGCAAAGUGUUGCACCUGCUAAUCAGGGGAACCAUGUAUCUUUUGCCACUUUGCUUAAAAUUAUUGAAUGCCAAUUAGACAAUGAUAAAGCUAUGCAACUUCGAAAGCUGUAUGAAAAACUAAAGAAAAAUGAGAUACCCAGAGAUGGAUUCGUCAGGCUUAUGAAAGGCAUUGUAGGGGGACAACUGCUGAAUUGGGCUGUGCUCAAGUUGCAAGCAAAGUCGCAUAACUUUAAUCAGCAACGACGCCUAAGACCUCCUACUGGCACUGCACCCCAAGUCUCUGAUCCUUAUUCAUUUGGACAGCUUCAUCAGAAGAAUCUUAGUACUUCUACCAUGACACGACCUCCUGCUUCAAAAAUGCAUAGGUAUGACACCCAAGCUAGGCAAGGUCAUCAAGGAUUUGGUUCUGCUCAUGGAGAUAGUACAAGCGAGGCUAUGAAUGUGAUGAAUACUCCCAAAGUUGAGAAGCAGAAUGUCUUUAAUGAUACCAAAAGAAUUCCUGGCGUAGCCAUUGCCAACAUGCCCACUCCAAUUCAGCACGGUUCCGUGCCUUGGCAAGUAAGUAAAGAGCAGGAAAAUGGUGCUUCAUCGAACAUGAGUUAUGUGAAGCAAGAGCCUUUUGAGCAGGCUCUUGACAAGAAAUCAAAGCCUCAAAUCUCUUCAGCUCAGGGGCCUUCUUUUCCUGUUGCUGUAGAAUCACUUCCAAUACCUUCCUCCAACGAUGAAGUUUUAGAGACACAUAACUUUGGAAAUUCCCUUCCAUCUAAGAGAACUGCAACUGUGGCAACCUCCACUUCUGUUUCAUCUCAUAUGGAUACCGAUAUUCAGAGUAUUUCUACAACUGCUUUUGGUGGGAUCGGGAACAACUCCAAGGCAUCUUCUAAAAAGACAUCUACUGGUCAGAAGAAGCCUCUUGAUGCAAUUGCAUCUUCACCACCUCUUCCCAGUAAGAAGCAGAAGGUUUCCGGUAUCUUUUCUGAUCAAAGCAUUGAACAUCUUAAUGAUGUUACUGCUGUUAGCGGGGUUGAUCUAAGGGUUUGCUGCUUAUUUCCUGAAGAGGAGGAGCAGCUAUUUUCUGGUCCUAAGGAUGAAAAUAGGGUAUCAGAAGCAUCACGUAAAGCUGUUAAAGAAGAAGAAGACAGAUUGAUUCUGCAGAAGGUUCCUCUUCAGAAAAAGUUGGUGAAAAUAAUGGCAAACUAUGGGUUGAAGAACUUGAGCAAUGAUGUCGAGCGGUGCCUCUCAUUAUGUGUAGAGGAAAGAAUGCGUGGCUUGAUAAGCAGUUUGAUCGAAGUUUCCAAACAGCGCGUUGAUUCUGAAAAGUCCAGACACAAUAUCGUUGUUACUUCUGAUGUUCGAGAACAAAUUUUGGCUAUUAACCAAAAAUUCAGAGAACUGGAAAAGAAACAAACUGAAGCUGAGAAAGUUCAGAAACAAAAUGAACAGCCUGAAAGCAGUGCUGUAGUUGAUGUCGACAAGGAGAAAGAUGAACGGCGUGCAAAGUCGCAGAAGAUGCAGGUGAACAAAGAGGAGGAUGAGAAAAUGCGCUUUACAGCAACAAAUUUAGCUGCACGAGCUGCUUUUGGAGGGGAUGACAUGCUAUCGAAAUGGCAGCUUAUGGCACAAGCUCGUCAAAAGCGUGAAGAGGGACCUGAAAUCGCAUCUAGUUCUCAGGCCAGUAAAGAUGCAAGUAAUAGACAAGUUGCAAACUCUGCUGGGAGUGCAAAGGGAACACAAGGAACUGGAAAAAAUCCGUCAGCAGGUCGUCCUGCAUAUGUUUCUGGAGGAGCAAGACAAAGUGGAAGAAUUCAAGUACCCAGAGUAGCUCCUUGUAUAACUGUGAAGGAUGUCAUUACUGUCCUGGAAAGAGAACCUCAAAUGGCAAAGUCUUCUAUAAUUUACAAACUCUACAAUAGAGUCCAUGCUGAUCCUACAACUGUGAAGAUCUCGUAGCUUCACGAUAUCUUCCUGUUGGAGCUACAUCCAUGUUAGUGAUCUAAUUCAUGUUCAUCGUUGGUCGUUCAAGAUUUCUGCUUCACACACUAAUAACUGUAGAUUAAGGUAGUUUGUUUUAUACUUACCUUUUUAUUUCGAUAGCCAUAUAAGCCUUUAGUAUCUCAUAGCUCAGAAGAAUUUACCUUUACAAGUUGUUUAAGGAAAUCAUAGCAGCAGUAAUCUCGAUAGAAGCAUAAUGGAGUACUCAUUCUGUAAGAUAGCUUAAUGUUACCCGCCUUACGGCCACAGGACUAGAUGAGUUUAUACCCUUAGUAGUUUAGUGUGGUACCUUGGAGAGUUUUAAUUUGCAAUAAAUAUCGAAGAUCAAUCAAUUCUUUACACCAAUUGGUGUUGAAACUUAGAAUUAGUUAUUUGUGACGAUUUUUUUCUGUAGAAUUUUUGUUUGCAAUGAAUAGCCAAAGAUCAACCAAUACAUGUUGUGGAAUAUCAUGUAAUGUAUAAGCCUUUUGUCUAGAAGAUUUUUUUUGAUUUGUUGUUUGUAUUCGGCUGAACCUACUUGCAACAGGCCUGUUCGUGUUAAAAUUUAAAUGGGCCAGGGUGGGACAGCUCAUGUCAAAUUUGAAUGGGCUGCAGCAGGUCAAAGCCCAUUUAAAUUUGACCCACUAUGACCCUUUUUUAAGGUUUAUAUAAUAGUUUUUUAUUCUACUUUUUGGCCCGUUGUGUCAACCAAUCUAUGUAUAUAUAAUAAUAUCAUAUUAAAAUAUUUAAAAAAAAAAGUGAUUUUUUUUUUUUUGCAACCAAUUCCUAUAAUAAUUUGACCGGCCUGACCCUUUAUACCAAGGCCCGUUAAUGGCCAACCUGUCAGUGAUCCGGCCCACUAAUGACCCGUUAAAAUGUGACUCUAUCAUUGACCCGUUAGAUCAACCCGCCUUGUUGAACACCUCUACUGCCCGCAUCUUCAUUUCAUGGUCCAUUGUUAUAUAAUUCACAAAUCUCAACUGCUUCGUCAAUUUUGAUAAAUCGCAAAUUUUAAAAACUGUUACAAUGGCUUAGUUCUUAUCCGGGCUUUUGAACAAAGAUAAUC